AUGGCUUUUCUACAAUUUAAGAGCAAUGAAACGUUAUAUUUUUCCAACAUAUCAAAUGCUAAAGAUGAACAAUCCAAGGUAAUGAGUACUUCUCAUCCAAGUGAUGAUCGAAAUAAAAUUUUGAAAAAACCUAGAGAAGGAGGAGAUAUAUAUUCUGAUAUUUAUGUAUGGUAUUUUCUCAAGAAUGUAUACAAAAAAAUGGAAAUUUGUUCUUUUAAUAAAAUGGAUAAUACCUAUACAUUAAGAAGAAAAGGGAUGACAUUUGAGAAUGUGCCUGCUGAUAAAAUAAAACCAUACUUAAAAAAUGUAGAUGAAUUAGAUAGUGAAAACAAUAUAGAAAUUAUGCAGUUAAAUGAAGAGAAUGUUCUGCAGAAUAUAAAAAACAGAUAUAAGAAAAACAAAAUAUAUACCUUUCAUGCUUCUCUUUUAUUAGUUGUUAAUCCAUAUAAAGAAAUAAAAGGGUUGUAUGAUAUAAGUCAGAUGAAUAUAUAUUUAAAAAAACUGACAGACGAUCAUAUAUCAAAUGAAGAGAAUAUGAAAGCUCAUAUAUAUGAUAUUAGUAAUAUGGCUUAUAAGAAUAUGAUCCAAAAAAAAAAGAGGCAAACAAUUGUUGUAUCAGGACAUAGUGGAAGUGGUAAAACAGAGAAUUGUAAAUUUCUUUUUAAGUAUUUUCAUUACAUAUUUUUUCAUAAAAAUGGAGGAGCUCACAAUGACAACAAAAAUAAUAAUAUUAAUAAUAAUAAUAAUAUUAAUAAUAAUUAUUAUUAUCCACGUAGUUCUAAUAACAAUAUAUAUAAUAAUUUUCUUACAAAUAUUAGUGCACCAGUGAAAGAUGAAACAGAUAGCUGUGUUGAGAAAGAAAAUUAUUCUGGUCUUUUAGGAUGUUAUAAAAAGAUUACAGAUAGUAAAAACGAUAAUAUAAAAGAUAUGAUGAAUGGUAGUCACAAAAUUUACAAUGAUAAUCUACAUAAUGAACGAAUUGAUAAACUUAUAUAUAUCAAUAAUAUUAUAGAAUCGAUGAGUAACGCUAGAACUAUAAAGAAUAAUAACAGUAGUAGAUGUGGACGAAUAAAUGAUUUAAUUUUUGAAGAAAGAGAGAAUAAUAGAGGAGAAACGGGUGAAUCACAUAAUAUGUUUAAUUAUUGUUUUAAUAAUAUAAAAAUUGUAAUUCUUUUAUUAGAAAUUAAUAGAUGUAUUCGUCAUAAUAAAGGAGAACGUAAUUUCCAUAUAUUUUAUCAAGUAUUAUAUGGAUUAAGCGAUAAACAAUUAUAUGAUAGGAAUUUAAUAAGGAACAUAAAUCAUUAUCAUAUAUUAAAUUGUGGUAAUGAAGAUGAUAAAGAUAAAUGCACAAAGGAUAUAUCUAUAGAUAAUAACAUUAUUAAUAAUUUUGAAGAAUUAGAAAGAUGCAAAGAUGAAAAAAAUUUUAAAUAUUUAUUAGAUGGAUUAAAUUAUAUAAAAUAUGAUUCACAUAGAAUUAAUGAAUUUUUUGAUGUUAUAGCUGGUAUAUUACAUCUAGGUCAAAUAAUAGAAGAAAAUAUCAAAAAAGAUAAUUGUAAUGAUAAUUUGAUUGAUAUAAAAAAUAAAAAGAAAACUAAUAAUAUAUUAAGUGAUAGCUAUAGAUAUAGUUCAGAAUGUUUGGGUAUAAAUAUAGAGGAUCUUGAGAAUACCAUAAAAUAUAAAAAUAUCAAUGUUUCCUCAGAAUCUAUUAGAACCCAUAGGAACAAAGAGAAUGUGACAUCUACAAUUCAUACGAUAAUAAAAAUAAUAUAUAAAACUUUUUUUAACAGGAUAAUAAAGGAUAUAAAUAUGACUCAUUUAAGUGAUAAAGAAAAAGAAGAAAUAAUGAAUGAACAAAUAUAUAUGUGUAAUCAUAAUAUUAUAUCUAUAUUUGAUAUAUAUGGAUUUGAAGAAUUAUCAUAUAAUGAUUUUGAUCAGUUAUGUAUAAAUCUAGCUAAUGAAAAAUUAAAUAAUUAUUAUAUUAACAAUGAAAUAGAAAGAGAGAAAAUAAUAUAUCAGAAUGAAAAUAUAUUUUGUAAUAAUAUUCAAGUACCUAAUUAUAAGGACACUUUAAUUUUUAUAGAUAAAAUAUUUUCAAAUCUAGAUGACAUAACAAAAUUACAUAAUAGUGGAUAUAAAAAAAGUGAUGACCAUUUUUAUAAUUAUUUGUUGAAUAAUGAAAAGAUAUAUUUAGAUAAAAAUGUGUAUGGCUUUAUAAAUAGUAAAGAUCAAACACAUACAAGUAAAAAACAGAACAUAAAGAAAAAUCAGUUUUUUAUAAACCAUUAUGCUGGACCUAUAACGUAUACGAUAAAUAAUUGGAUAUAUAAAAAUAGUGAUAAGAUAGAGUUGGAGAUAGAAAAUUUGAUAAAAAAUUCGAGCAAUUAUUUUUUAAAUAAUAUAAUAAAUAAUAAAAUGGAUCAGAAUAAUUGUGUUAAUUUUACAAAUCAUCAUACAAGUGAAUGUGAGGAGAAAAAAAUAGAUGCAGAACAGAAGACAUUCAAUAUGAAUAAUAUGCUGAUAGGAAAAAAAAAAAAAAGAGAAAACGUCCUGAAUGAACAUGAAAAUAUAUCAGGUGAUAAAGAUGUAAAUAUAAAACAAGAGGAUGAAAAAAAUGGAAAUUUAUUGUCACAUAAUGAUAAUAGAAAGCAUAUGGAAAUUUCAACAAUGUUAUUCAACAUAAAUUUGGAAGGAACAAAAUUAAGUAUAAACAAAAAUAAAAAUAUAAAUAUAAAUCAUAAUAAUAUAAAUAUAAAUCAUAAUAAUAUAAAUAUAAAUCAUAAUAAUAUAAAUAUAAAUCAUAAUACAUAUAAUAAUAAUACAUAUAAUAACCCCAUUGGUCAUAAUAAUAAAAGGAAUUCUAGAAACGUAUUAAGUGUAAGUAAAAAAUAUAUCAAAGAACUAGACAAUCUAUUCAAUAAUUUGGAUGAAACAGAUAUGUAUUAUAUUAGAUGUAUCUUACCAAACGAUAAAAUGCAGAAAAACUAUUUUAAAAGAUAUUUAGUAUAUGAACAAUUAAAACAAUGUGGAUCUAAUGAAAUGAUAAAAAUAUUGAAUAGUGGUUUGUCUCAUAAAAUAAAAAAAAAUGAAAUAUUAAAAAACCUCCCGAAGACAAUACACAACGAAUUAAAAUAUUGUAAUGACAAUGAUAAAAUAUAUUAUUUUAUGUGUUUUUUUGAUGAAAAGAAGGGUUUCAAGAUAGGAAAUAAUUUUGUCUUUAUGAAAUCAAAUAUAUAUACUCAAAUUAAUUAUUAUAUAUCAAAGUGUUGUAUAUCAUACAAGUGUAGCAAAAAUGAUAAUAAUAAUAACAACAAUAACAACAAUAAUAACAAUAACAACAAUAACAACAAUAACAACAAUAACAACAAUAACAACAAUAGUGGUGAUAUAUUUAAAGAUGUAAAUUUAAAAAAGGACAUAUUGAAGUCCUUACAAAAGAUACGUUUUCAAAGAUGUGUUACAGUAAUAAAAAUAUAUAACUGGAUAAAUAAUUCCUUUAAAAUAUAUAUAGAGAAGAAAAAAAAAAUGAAAAAGAUGGCAUGCAAAUAUAUAUAUAAAAUAUAUUUGAUAUAUAAAACGAUGAUAAGUGUUAAGAAGUCUUUCUCAUAUAAUAUUAGAAGGUUAAACAAAGUUUUUACAAUAAAAGGUUACAUGUUAGCAUAUAAUAAGAUAAAAACUUUAAGAAGGAGAGGAUCGUUCAAAAUAAAUCACACAAAUAAAUUUGGAAAUAACAAGGAGGAUGAAAAAAAAAAAAAAAAAGAAUCCAUUGGUGAUAUGAAUAGAAGUGAAACGAAUAUGCAAGAAUUGAAUAAUAUUGUUGACAAAGGAAAAAAUGAAAAUAUUACAAUGAGAGAUGAAAUAGGAGGAGACAAAAAAGAAGGAAUGGAUAAUAGAAAAAAGGAUGACAUUAAAUGUGACAAUAAAUAUCAUGAUAGUAGUAGUCAUAAUAAUAAUAAUAAUUUUUAUUAUGAUGAUGAAGCAUGUUUGGAGAGAAAAGACUUAGGAUAUGCUGAACCAGAAAUAUUUGUAAGCACUCCUGAUAACUAUCAUUAUAUAUAUAACAAUAUAGACUGGGUUGUAUCAUAUGUAGACAGAUGUAUACAUUUCUAUAAUUUAAUUUAUACAUAUAAAAAGGUAAAUAACAAGUAUGUUUUAGAUUAUAAAAAAAUAGAAAUAAAAAAAUUAUAUGAUAGUGUAGAGGAUGAAACAAAUGUAUGUAAUAAAAAAGAUAACACAGAAUAUAAUACAAGUGCUGAUGUGAUACAUAGUAAGGGAGAUGAUAAUAUAUAUUCUUAUGAUAGUAUGGAUGGUAAAAAAAAAGGAUGUACUUUAAAAAUAAAAGUAUAUGAAGAGGAUACAAAUAAUAGAAAUAAUGAUAAGAACAAACAAUGUCAAUCUGUAAAAGAAUACAGUUAUGUGAAUAACCAGAUGUAUUCUUUUUUAGAGAGCAAAUAUGUUUGUAUAAAUCAACAUGAUUUAUAUAAAAAUAUGUUUGUAGUAAUUGAUGAAUAUUUUAAUAUAAUUGUAUUCACUUAUCCAAAUUUAAAAACGAUUAGAAGGUUUCUUAAGAAAAAAAUAAAAUCUUUAAAAAUACAAAGCGAUGAAAAAAAUGUGCCGACGACAUACUUGCCUCAGUUAUAUAAAAGUAGUAGAUAUGAACAUCCAUUACAAAAUAAAGAUAAGAUGAAUAACACAAAUGACAGUAUGAAUGAUAUUUAUAAGGAACACUACAUAAAUGAAUGCAAAGAGAAAAAUAAUUAUAUUAUUAAGAAAAACCAAAGUGAUGAUGUAGAUGAAUCUUAUACAUCUACCUUUGAUAUAUUUAGUGAUGAAAAUUUAAAUAUAUUUAUGCAUACUUAUAAAAACAUUUACGUGUUGAAUAAUAUGGAGGAUAUUACAUAUAAUGAAAGGAUUGAGAAAAUAAAUUAUGGGUAUAAACAAAAUAAAUCACAAGAUGAUGAAGUAUUUAUGUUGGAUGAAGACAUGAAAGGGAGUUCAUCAAAUAAAAACAAUAUUGAAAAGGAUUACAAAUGUAUAAAUAAAAAAAAAAAAAAAAAAAACUAUUUCAGUUUAUUGAAAGUAAUAGAAAAAACAGAAUAUAUAUUUGAUGAACUUUAUUUAAAUUCAACAUAUAAAAUAUUAAAAAUAUGUUUCUUACCUAGUAGUAUUCAUUAUGUUGUAUAUUUAGCAUAUGUCCUAAUAAAUAAUAAUCAUUAUUUACUUGUAACUAUAGUAAAUUAUUUAAGUAAACCAAUAUACAAAUAUAUGGUACAUAUAUUAAUAAAUAAUAUAGUACAAAAUGAAGAAUUUGUGCAAUUUUUUAUGAAAAGUUAUGAACAAGAAGUUUGUUCAGGUCAUUUAAUGGAAAAGGAAGAAAUUUUGGCUAGCCAGGAAAAAAAAAAUAAAGACAAAUCAAUAAUAAUAACAAAUAUACAACAAGAGGGAGAAAAAAAAAAAAAAAAAAAUAUAUAUAUUAUGUGUGAAGAUAUAUUAAAUAAAUAUUUAAGUACAUUAAAAAUAUCUAUACUUAAUAAUAGUCAUAUAAUAAUCUAUGGAUCUUGUUUAUUAAGUUUAAUAGAAAUAAAAAAUUAUAAUUUAAAUAGUUCAUAUAAUCUUUAUGUUAAAGAAUAUGAAUAUAAAUAUUUAAAACUUAUAUUCAAUUUAUACUGUUUUGAAUAUUUCAGUAAUGUUUAUGAUAUAUAUGUCAACAAAUUAUCUUACGAUUUAAAGCAUCACUUGGUAAAAAAUGAUUUAUUUAAAAAGGAAAGAAAAAAUAGCAAUUUGGUUUACCUGAACAAGUCAGGCGAAAAUUGUGAUGAAAAUGGAGAUAUAUCGAAAGGGGAAAAUAAAUAUAUGCAGGAUAAAUAUGAAAAUGCACACAUAUAUAAAAAUAAUAAUAAUAAUAAUAAUUAUUAUUAUUAUAAUAAUUAUAAUAAUUGGAUGCAUACAUAUGAAGAGACCAUAAAUAAGUCCAAUAAGAAUGACAACAAUUUUGAGGAAGAAUAUACAUUUUAUAUUUUUUCUUUGUUUAAUGAUAUAUAUAUGUUGACAAAUAGUAAAUAUAAAAAAAUGAGCAACAUAGAAAAAAUUAAUGAUAUAAAUGGUGGAGAUUAUCAAAAUGGUGGUGAUGCCAAAAAAUUGUUGGAUGUUCUCUUUAAUUAUAAUGAAUGGAAAAUAAUAAAAUUAAAAAAUGAGAGUAUGGAUGAGCGUAAGAAAAUUUGCACAUUUCAAGGUGUUAUGAAUAUGAAUAUAAAUUAUUAUUAUAAUAAAAAUUAUUACAAGAGUAAUAUAUCAUUAGGUUCAUGUAUUCAAUCAACGAUUCAAAGAUAUACUAUAUUUAAUGAGGACAAAGGAAAGGGAGGUGUUAUUAAAAUGAAUUACCAAGGGUCUAUAUUUCCUGAUGUGUAUAUAUUAAGGGAGAUAAAAUAUGUAGAACAAGGACAAAAGAGGAAACAAGAAUAUUAUUACAACUUUAAAAAGGAAAAAUUGUUUACAUUGUAUGACGAAGGUGGUUAUGACACAACUGACAUGAGUGAGAGAAAUAUAGAGUCAUACAACAUCUUGUCGUGUACCCCAUUAAAUCAUUUAGAUACCAUAUUAUUAUUAAUGAAGAAUACAGACGAGAAUAAUUCCUAUGCUCUCCAAGUGAUGAACAUCGUCAACAAAAAAAAAAAAAUUCUUCCUAUCACAGAAUGA